ACCUUAGGUACUUGCGAAUACAUAAUGACCAGGGCUACCUUGUCCGCCAUCGUCUUCUCUUAUUCAUAAUUCUUUGGCUCACCAAUGAUCAAAUAAUGCCAAUGUCUAUCAGAUUCAUCAGCCUAUUUUUCCAGACUGUGAUCCGUGUACCGAGAAGCUGACCCUGACUAACCCUCGACUCCUUUUGAUUUCUCCUUUUAUUUUCCUCAAUUUAUAACGCAGCUAGCCGUGAGCAAGAGGGAAAAAUCAUACAUACCUUCCUCGAUACCUAGUUAGGGUUCUCGACUCCGUCUCUGAAAUACUGCUGCAUCCUCUUCUGCGGAGCAAACGCAACAACUACUCCGCGGUUCCACUUCACUUCCUUCCAUUCUCCGACAGCAAGGUUCGCAAUGGCCUCCAACCUUACCAACGUCAGCGCCGCCCGCUCCGAGGCCAACCCCUACAAAGUCCUAAUCGCCGGCGGCUGCUAUAGCGGUCUGGCAGUAGCUAUCAAUCUGCUUGAUAAAUGCGACACCAUCGAGUCUCCCAUCCCGGUCGAGAUUACCAUCGUUGACGAGCGCGACGGCUUCUACCAUGUGAUCGGCUCGCCUCUGGCUCUAGCCUCAGCCACCUACGCCGAGAAGGCGUGGGUCUACUACAAGAACAUCCCCAUCCUGCAGAGGCCCGACGUACGCUUCGUCCACGGCACCGUUAGCAAAAUCGACCCCGAGACCAAGACGGCCACGAUUGUCGAACAGCCGAACCAGGAGGAGCGGGCCGAAGCGUACGACUUCUUCGUCGCCGCCACCGGUCUUCGGAGGGUCUGGCCCGUGGUGCCGCAAUCGGCCAAGCGGGAAGAUUAUCUCGAGGAGGCGCGCCGACACAUCAGCGCCGUGGCUAAAAGCACCGCACCCGUGUUAAUUGUUGGUGGUGGUGCCGUGGGUAUCGAGAUGGCCGCCGAGCUCAAGGAGGUCCAGCCCAACGUCAAGGUUACCCUGGCUCACUCCCGGAGUAAGCUCCUUUCGGCCGAGCCGCUGCCCGAUAACGUCAAGGACUGCGCGCUAGACCUGACCCGAGAGGCCGGCGUCGAAGUACUGUUGGACCACCGACUGAAGAGCCAAACCCCCGUCAAGAACGAUGACGGAACCGAGGUCUUGGAUGUCGAAUUUGAAAACGGCCACAAGAUGACUGCUAGUCUGGUCGUCAUGGCCAUCUCGCGUAGCGUGCCCACGACCACGUAUCUACCCGAUGAACUUCUCAACGAGCAACGCUAUGUCAACAUCAAGCCGUCAUUGCAAGUUGCCUCCGACGAGAUCCGCGACGCGGCGUCGCACUUCGCUGUCGGCGACCUGAUCAACUGGUCCGGCAUCAAGCGCUGCGGUGGGGCCAUGCACCAGGGCAAAUACGCCGGCUGGAAUAUCCACCAGCUGAUGCUAAAGGACAUCCAAGGCAAGGAGCCCGUGUUCAACGAGAUUGCCGAGGUGCCGCCUAUGAUCGGUCUUGCGGUCGGCAAGAACGCGCUUUCGUACGGCAAUGAGGGUAUGAAGCAUGGCAAGCAGGUGAUGGAGUGGUUCUUCGAGGAGGACCUAGGAUUCAAGAUCGUCUGGGACCAUCUUAAUCUCGGAGGCACGAAGGCAUGAAAACUACUUCGGUCUGUCCUUUAGUUUGGGUCUGGGUGGUAUCGGCGCAAUCGGAGUUACCAGGGCAAAACAGCACUGUAUGCAGCUCAGCGGCGCUCAUUCGCGAUCAACGCGUACACUAACUAGGUAGAUCGUGAAAGCUUAACGUUCAGUUCGGUCAUGACGUUUGUUUUUUCUGUCUUUUUUUCUAGUUCGUGAAUAUAUUGGUCAAAAUAUAGCGCAAUUGUUUUCGUGGGUAAAUGAAUAUACAAAUAUUUAAAUGAAUCGUAUGAAUUUUCCCCCGAAAUGA